CAAUAUCGGAACAAUGUAUCAAGGAUGUACAUUUAGAUCUGGUGACAGAGGUAUGAUCACAUUCCCGAGAGCUUUCCGGCGGGGAGCUAAUGUGCCGCUGCAACCGGAAGGAGCAGUUAGGCCAUAUCGGAUAAUUCCCUACAGCAGGAACAACAAAUUCACUGGCCGUGAACACCAUAUCGACUCAGUAAAGAGGCUUUGCAAGCCUAAUAGCCACAACCGGAUCGCUCUUCAUGGAUUAGGUGGCUCUGGGUAAGUAUCUAUUAAUUUGGAAUCCAAGGGUUUACUAACAUUGCUCAGUAAAACGCAGAUUGCUCUCGAAUACGUGUAUCAGCGCGCAAGUGAUAGCGACAGCGAUAUUUUCUGGGUGCAAGGAAGUGGAGUGUUACAGUUUAGGGAGGGCAUCAGGGCUAUUGCCCAACA